GGGGUGUCUUCCAGGCUGGGAGGGCUCAGCGAUGCCUUGAUGGAGUAUGGGCCAGGUUUUAGGAUUCUCCCACUGCCAGGAAUAUGGCUCGGUGGCAUCCACUCCAGAUUCAACACCUCCGUGCACCGACGGUGGUAAUGAGGAGUCGGAGCUAUACGAGCUGCAAACUGCGAGGGAGUGGUCGGAGGACGAGGAGGUGGGCUACGACGACGAUGACACCCUGGCGUCGUCCCCAUCCGUCUGGGGCACGCCGCGUCAGAGCUCCCUCGAGCUGACCUUCUCCUACAUCGCCAUCGCUGAGCCCGAGGCUGUGGGAGCAUCGCGGAGCCACCGGGACAGGCGUAGGGUCAGCUCUCGGGGGAGCCGCGUCUCCAUUGCGCGCACGGACACCCCAGACACGUCGUUGGACUCCCCCGACGUUGACUGGGACCCCCACGACUUCCUGAGCAACGAGCACGAGGAAGCGUCAGAAAGCAGCGAGCAGGAGAGGCUGGAGAUGAGAACAUGUAGAGGCCGAUGCCGGGAUCCAAAGCGAGGAGAGACGUUUAAUACAGACUGGGUCGCUUCCUUUAGCAUCAUCGCAAACACAGAUCCUUCCAGCAGCGACGACAACCUCAGCCCCCAAGCCUGAGUCACCCGUCGCAGAGGAAAACGCAGCAGAGGAGCCCCCACGACCCACCGACCCUGUGUCCUCGUCGCCUGCCGUCGUCACUCAAACCACUCAGGAACAGCCGUGUCAGAACUCGUCCUUCGACCCCUCAGAAAGCCCCCACA